UUCUUUUGCCCCCCCAGGCUCGUUCCCACCAUACAAGAGUUUCCUAACCUUGGACAAGAUAACGACAAGUGACACACCCAACGAGUGCCGCUCAAACAAACAAACAACAACCCCUACCCGCAACACUCUUUGCGAGACAACCCCCCCAACAGACUUCAUCAUGAAGUUCACCUACGCAAUGGUAGCCAUGGCUGCGGCCGUCUGGGCUGCCCCUGCUCCCGCUCCCGCCCCUGAGGCCGACGCCGAGGCCUGGUGCGAGCGUCCCGGACAAUCCUGCUGGAAGACCAAGCGCGUUGCCGAUGCUGAGGCCUGGUGCGAGCGUCCCGGCGAGCCAUGCUGGAAGGUCAAGCGUGCUGCUGAGGCUCUCGCCGAUGCGGAGGCCGAUGCCUGGUGCGAACGCCCCGGACAGUCGUGCUGGAAGCGUGACGCUGAGCCGGACGCCGAGGCCGACGCCUGGUGUGAGCGCCCUGGCCAGUCGUGCUGGAAGCACAAGCGCGCGGCCGAGGCGAAUGCCUGGUGCGAGCGUCCCGGACAGUCUUGCUGGAAGGCCAAGCGUGUCGCCGAGGCUGAGGCCUGGUGUGAUCGCCCUGGACAGUCAUGCUGGAAGACCAAGCGCGCCGCGGAGGCGCUGGCUGAUGCGGAGGCCGAUGCUUGGUGCGAGCGCCCCGGCCAGAGCUGCUGGAAGCGCGAUGCCGAGGCCGAACCUGAAGCUGAGGCGGAGGCAGAGGCUGAUGCUGAUGCUGACGCCUGGUGUGACCGUCCUGGACAGUCAUGCUGGAAGGCCAAGCGAGAGGCUGAUGCCGAGGCCUGGUGCGAACGCCCAGGACAGUCAUGCUGGAAGGUCAAGCGCGCUGCCGAGGCCUUCGCCGCCCACUUUGGCGAGGGCGCCCUCGAGGCUCGCUCCCCUGAGGCGGACGUCAGCAACCUCCCCGGAUUCGCUUCUUUCAACGCCAAGCGCGUCAACGACGAGCUGGCCCACCUCGUCGCCCUGACCAAGAAGUCCCCCGACGCCUUCUACAACGACCUCAACCUCGAGAACCACUUUGCUCGCGACACCGUCUUGGACACGCGCGAGGCUGAGCCCUGGUGUGAAGCCGAUCCGGCCUGCGCUCCCAGGUUCUGCGAGCUCUACCCCCACAAUCAUCAGUGCGCCGAGCCACCCAGCGAGGAGGUCGUUGAGCAGGCCGCCACCGAGGACAAGCGCUGGUGCGAACGUCCCGGCCAGUCCUGCUGGAAGGCCAAGCGCGCCGCUGACGCCGUCCUCGAGGCCACCGGCCCCAUGGAGACCCGCGACCUGACCACCCGCUCCUUCGACCCCGAGUUCGCCAAGCGUGACGCCGAGCCCUGGUGCGAGCGUCCCGGCCAGUCUUGCUGGAAGCGCGACGCCGAGGCCAACGCUGAUGCUGAGGCUGAGGCCUGGUGCGAGCGCCCUGGACAGUCGUGCUGGAAGGCCAAGCGUGACUUGGACGCCAUCCGCCUGGCUGCCCGCAACGUCCUCGUGACCCUCCAAUAAGCACAUCACAACGUACAGUCUGACGAAGAAAUCUUUACUGCGAUACGCUUGCGGAUGUUUGGACACCUUUCCGCGAACCAGCACCCACCCAUACGCACAUAUAUACAACUUUGGAUUCUCCCCUGACGGCGGGCCAUUGGGUCCCGCCGCCUCUCAUUAAGAAUGAUCGGCAUGGCAAAUCUGCUCGCGCAGUUGCUCUUUUCUAAUCGACAGCCCGGGCGAAGGCUUAGUCUAGUUCGCUCGGCAAAAUAGUAUGGGUGGCUGGACUCGCGUUGAUAGGUAGCGGAAUGAUUCAAUACACUCG